AUUUUUAUUUUUUCUUUCUUUCUUCUUUUUUUCUUUUUUUUGUUUUUUCUUUUUAAACAAAUGCCAAUUCAUAAUAAAAGAAAAAGACAAAAUUGGGAAAAAGAAUUCUAUAAAAACGGGUAUCCAACAGAAGUCAUUGUCAUUUCUUCUGAAUCACCACAACCACCUGCAAGUAGUGGUACAACAACCAGCACUUCUUCUUCUUCAGCAACAAAUCAUGAUAUAUUAAAGACACUUGUAUUAGAACCAGAUCCAAAGCGACAAAAAUGGAACUAUAAUAAUGACCAAAGCAUUUUAGCAUAUCAUUUAUUUCCUAGUAAUAAUAAAAGUUUUACAAUAAAUAGCAAAAAUAGGACAUUUAUAUCGAAUACUAAUGAACCACGUUUGACAACAAAAGAGUCUCCUUUUGAUGAUAAGGAUGGCCACUACAUUGUUAGACCUAAUGACUUGUUAACUGACCAAUAUAAAAUAAUGAGAUUAUUAGGUCAAGGUACAUUUGGUAAAGUAGUUGAAUGCUUUGACCGUGUACGUAGAACGUUCUGUGCCAUAAAAAUAAUUCGUGCUAUACCUAAAUAUCGUGACGCUAGUAAAACUGAAAUCAAAGUCCUUAAUACGCUCAAAAAACAUGAUCCACUCAAUUUGAAUCAAUGUAUUCAUUUAAUUGAGUGGUUUGAUUAUCGUAAUCACAUUUGUAUGGUCUUUGAACUAUUGGGUGUUUCCUUAUUUGAUCACUUAAAAUCAAAUCAUUUCAAACCCUUAACCCCACAUAAUAUUCAACAUCUCGCUAAACAACUUCUUAACAGUGUUGCUUUCUUACACAACGAUCUCAAACUUAUCCACACAGAUCUCAAACCAGAAAAUAUCUUGCUUGUCAAUCCCGCUAAUCUAGAAAUUCGUCUCAUUGAUUUUGGAUCUGCAACGUUUGAACAUGAUUAUCAUUCAAAUAUUGUCUCUACACGACAUUAUAGAGCCCCCGAAAUCAUCUUGGAAAGAGGAUGGUCUUAUCCUUGUGAUUUAUGGUCUGUAGGUUGUAUACUGGUUGAAUUAUUUAUUGGGGAAGCACUCUUUCAAACUCACGAUAAUGAGGAACAUUUAGUGAUGAUGGACAUCAUCUUGGGUCCUCUUCCAAAACAUAUGCAAACUGUACGUCGAUCUACAAGACAAUACAAAAAUAUAAAACCACUUGAAAAACUGAUACCACCCACUUCUAAAGAAACGAGUUAUUUAUUAGAUCUUUUAAGGAAAUUCUUUGUCUAUGAACCAAGUCAACGUAUUUCUGCUCGAGAAGCAUUAAAGCAUCCCUUUUUCUAUAUUUAAUACAUUCACUAGAUACCACCUUCUCUAUAUAUAAAUAUAUAAUAGUAAUAAUAAUAAUAAAGAAAUCCAGCUUUUUUUUUUUUUUUUUUUUUUUUU